AUGUCACGGACCCCAUAUUCACGGAUCAAAUUUGAAACUUGCCAUGCAAGAGAAGGCAAUCAGUGGAGAUCAAAAACCAAAUCUUCCCCUGCAGCCACCGUGCUAGAUGUGGAAGAAGAAGGUUAUGUUACGGCUGGUAGCAGCCAUCAGCAGCCUGGCCGCAGUACCAUGUCGAAGUUUAUGGGUAAUAAGUACAUGUGGGUUGAUGAUAACAUGGCAACACAGCAAGUGGGGAGCUCUACAACUUUUAAUGUAUUAGAUUUUGGCGCUAAAGGUGAUGGAAAUGCAGAUGACUCCAAGGCAUUUGAGGCAACAUGGGCAGCUACUUGUAAAGUGGAGGCAUCAACAAUGAUUGUUCCAUCUGGAUUUGUUUUCCUUCUCCAUCCGAUAUCUUUUUCAGGUCCUGAUUGUGAAGCCAACAUUGUAUUUCAGUUGGAUGGUAAGAUCAUAGCUCCUACUAGUUCUGGAGCUUGGAAAACUGGCCUUUUACAAUGGAUUGAGUUCAUAAAACUGAAGGGAAUUACGAUUCAAGGUAAAGGCAUUAUUGAUGGACAGGGUUCUGUCUGGUGGAACCACUCACCAACAUAUAAUCCUGAAAACUCAGAGGCUCUAAGGUUUUAUGGAAGUACUAGUGUGACAGUCACCGGCAUCACGAUCCAAAACAGUCCUCAAACUCACCUCAAAUUCGAUGAUUGCACAACUGUUCAAGUUUCUGAUUUCACUGCAUCAUCACCUGAGAACAGCCCUAACACAGACGGAAUCCAUUUGCAGAACUCCCAAGAUGUGCUCAUUUACAGUUCCGAUCUUGCAUGUGGGGAUGACUGUGUAUCUAUACAGACCGGAUGCUCAAAUGUAUAUAUACACAAUGUUAAAUGCGGACCUGGACAUGGAAUUAGUAUUGGAGGAUUAGGAAGGGAUAACAGCAAAGCCUGUGUUUCGAACGUCACUGUCCGAGACGUUGCAAUGCUCAAUACUUUAACUGGUGUCAGAAUAAAGACAUGGCAGGGAGGCUCUGGCUCGGUACAAGGAGUAACUUUCUCAAACAUACAGGUUAGUGGAGUUAAAACACCAAUCAUGAUUGACCAAUUCUACUGUGACAAGAGCAAAUGUCAAAAUGAAUCUUCAGCUGUGGCUGUGUCAGGCAUAAACUACAUAAAUAUAAAAGGCACAUACGCAUCAAAACCUGUACACUUAGCCUGCAGUGAUGACUUGCCAUGCACCGGAAUAUCUUUAUCUACCAUAGAGCUAAAUGCCGUUGAAGAAGACAGCCAACCUUUCUGUUGGAACACUUAUGGGGAACUUAGAAGCUCCACUGUUCCUCCAAUUAAUUGCUUACAAAUUGGCAAAUCAAGACAAAACAUUGAUUGCUGA